CCACCAGCUCCUCCCCCUCACUUCCUAAAUACACCCAGGUGAGCCAUGCAAGGGUGUGGUUCACAGAAAAAUCUUCUUCUUUUCACUCUGUGUCCUGUUUCUUCCUCCCACCGAAGCAGACGGUUUAACUCCUGAACAGAGGACUUUUCUUCUUUAAAAAAAGCAUCUAAAUCUCGAGCUGGGAGCCAUGGGGGCGCUUCAGUGUAUCAAAUACUUGGUGUUUGUGUUCAACUUUCUCUUCUGGCUGGCAGGUACCGGGGUGCUGGCUGUGGGCCUUUGGCUGCGUUUCGACUCCAGGACAGAGGGACUGUUUAAUGGAGAUGACGGACCAACAGUCUUCUUUACUGGUGUGUACAUCCUGAUUGCGGCGGGCGCCCUGAUGAUGGUCGUGGGCUUCCUGGGAUGCUGCGGAGCCAUUAAAGAGUCGCCGUGCAUGCUGGGAUUGUUCUUCCUCUUCCUGCUCAUCAUCUUCGCUGUGGAAGUGGCUGCUGGGAUCUGGGGGCUCUCCAACAAGGACACGGUGGUGGAGGACGUCACAGAGUUCUAUAAGCAGACGUACGACAACUACAGAAACACCAAACAGGAAGCGCUGAAGGAGACGCUGCGUCUCAUCCACUUCGGCCUGGACUGCUGCGGCCCCACGGGGACGGUGAUCGAUGCUGCUAAAGAUAUCUGCCCCAAGAAGGAGGGCCUGGAGGUCCUCAUCACUACGAGUUGUCCGGCUGCCAUCGACGAGGUUUUCAACAACAAACUGCACAUUAUCGGCGGAGUCGGUAUCGGUAUCGGAGUCAUCAUGAUCUUUGGGAUGAUCUUCAGCAUGAUGCUCUGCUGUGCCAUCAAGAGGUCCAGAGACUUCGUCUGAACAAAAAAAAACCUCCAUCUUUAACUUAUGUGUCCUCACUUUCACAACCUGUCCUUUAGAGUUUAUAUCAGUUUAAUAUUCGUAACUUUCGUCUCUUAGUUUUGCUGCUUGGAUCCGUACAGAAUGACCGCACCUGUGAUAGUAUGGAAGCUCUUAAUUUAGGCCUUUAAUCUCCCUACAAGGUAAAUUGAAUAAAGUUGUGUUUUUAUUCCCAUUUUGAUGAAUCAACACGGAUCAGAUCUGCAGGAAAGAAGAGAUGUUAAAGACUCUGCUGCCCUCUGGAGGACGUUUAAAGAACAACUAUUAAUAAUGUCGGUUCAGUUUCUAGAAGAUGUGUUAAAUGUUGCCUGUGGUUGGUUUGUGGUUUAACAGGCUUUUGCAGCUAACUGAAUUUCACUUUUUUUAUUUUAUUUGUUUUAUUUGUGCUCGUUCCAUGUUUUGAUUUUUAUAAAAGCAGAACUGUGGAGUUUUAUGCAAAUAUUUUGAUGAACGCAGUUCAAAUAUAUCUUUAAAAUGCCAAAUAAAUAAACUAAUGAACACUGAUCUGUGUUAAACUGA